AUGCGGUCUGGGCUGAAGAGCAAGAGCGCCGUCUAUGCAGGGGAUGCCGCGAUGGAUCUUAGUUGGAGGAUGAGCUCCACUAUUAGUGGAGGAGGCUGGGGGGGGAUGCACCAAAUUGGGGAUGUAGCGGGCUUUGGGGAAGCUCCAACCAGAGGACCGUGUCAGCCAGAUAUCAUUCCAGCUUAUCAGGUCACUUGGCUCGCAAUGGCAUCCUCAUCUCUAUCGGAGAGUGGCAGAGUGGAGGACAGAGGGCGGUGUCAUCCCACGAGAAUAGCUGACUCAGCCGGGUACCCCAGCCUGCGAUGA